GACAAGUGUGUUUUUGAGUGUAGAUGUCUCGGGUAUGAAGUAAGCACGGUUUGAAUGGAUGUGUGACAGAGCUCGGUGUGUUAUCAUCGCCUGUUGAGAAAGAUACAGAGACAGACAUGGGGGAUUCACAACCAAACUGCCACGACAGGGACAAUGAUUCCGAUAGUCAAGGACAUGAAAUGGCAGUUCAAAAUUUAACGAACUUUUCCAUUGAUGAAAUUCUUAAACCAGACUUUGGUGUGAAAAAGUUUACAGUGAGAAUAGGUUCGGCGUUUUCGCCAGUGGACUUGAAGAGGCGAUCUACCUCCCCAUCCCUAUCCCCUGCCCCCCGGGAAUCAGCUCUACCACCCCCGGGGAAGACGGAGGUGAAGCCAGCGCAAGUGUGGCCUGCUUGGGUAUACUGCACAAGAUACUCUGAUCGACCCUCGUCAGGUCCUCGAUCCAGGAAGACGAAGAAGCGAGAGAGACAGGAACAGCAACAGGAACAGCAACAGCAGCAACAGCAACAACAAGAAGACAAGCGCCCAAGGACAGCGUUCACAAAUGAUCAACUCCAACGUCUGAAGAAGGAGUUUGAAGACUGCCGGUAUCUCACAGAACAACGGAGAAAAGAACUGGCUUUGUCUCUGUCACUCACGGAAGCUCAAAUCAAGAUCUGGUUCCAGAACAAACGGGCAAAGAUCAAGAAAGCAAGUGGAGUGAAGAAUCCUUUAGCAUUACAUUUAAUGGCCCAGGGACUCUAUAACCAUACUACUAUUAGUAUGCAUGAUGAACUUAUGGACGUGACGUCAUAGCUCUAACCAUGACGUCAUCAUGACGUAAACGAAUGAAAGGGUGUGAAAGCGACUGUGAUGAAAGUAUCGUGUAUUAUGUUUAUUUUCUCGGAACACACUUUUCCUUCUUAUCAUAAGUAAUACUCAGUUGUAUGUAUGCUUUAUACAAACAAUAGGCUGGAUGGACUUUUCAUCCGAUAACAUCCGCAACUUAUAUUUUCUGUGAAUAUCUUGAAACGGUGUUCGAUGUUCGAUGUCCUGCUUGUGUAGUACGCCUGCUGUGUGCUGUGAUGUCAUUGGAACUCUCUGUUUCCUAAUGCUGUGCCGACAUCAGAUCAAAGUUUCGUCACAACAUGACGUCAUUCACUGACGUCACAAAAUGACGUCAUUUAUGCUAUACUACUGGAUUCUAUACAAGCACGGGUGGCUGUUCCUUGAGCGUCUUCCAAUAUCAAGUGGCACGUUCAUCAGCUGUCCCUCGUGCUGCUCGAACCACCAGCCUCCACUGCCGGUAUGUGUGCUUGCGUUAUCUCUAUGGUGGCGGAGCUCCACAGUCCUGACUUGCUACAUGCUGCUGAUCACAUCUCUUAUACCAGCACAGGGAUGAGGCACCUGCUACACGGUGGUAUACCCUGAAGUGACAGUCCGUGUCGGGGUGAAGCAAAAGCACCGAUUUGGAACACGCGCGAUACACAGAAAAACACAGGUCUGACCGUUAGUACCCCAGUAAAGCAAGAGGAUCGGUAUGGAUCACAACAUGACAAGGAAUCAUCCGAGAGUCUAACGAAUGUUCAUAUAUACCUUCCGGAACACGUAUUAUGCCACUUCCUUAUAAUGAAUUCAAUUACUUUCUUCGUACAAGUGCUGAACUGUCUAUAGUAUAAGAAACGUAUGAAUGUAUCUGACAUGUAAACAAUCGGUAAUAUAGAUAUUAAUAGAUUCGAACUCUAUUGAUUUGUCAAAAUGGGACAAAUGUUGGUUACACAGACGUAACAGAAACAUCAUCCAGUUUGCAGAUGAUGUUAAUCCUCGAGUUAUGAUCACAUGCCGUCUUAUCAGCAUCAUGUGGAAGACAUAGAAUGCAAAACGCUUUCAUUGACAUCAAAACUCCUCUCUUCAGGUAACUUUUAUGUGCAGCGUGAAGCGCUUCACUAACAGCUCAUGUCAACUAUCCUUUUCAAAGCAAUAUAAACAUAACACGUCAACACGUGACCGUGCAUUCCCUUGUCAAACGUUUUCUGAUCGCGCAAUGGCGUAAUUCACCAAGGAUAUUUAUACCUGAACUUCUACAAUGUCAAAUGAAAGCAAUUUGGGAGAUACAUAUUGGACAAGUGAAACAUUUAAUAUUCUGAUUUACGUAUUUCAAAGUAAAUCUUUAAUGGUUUCGCCAAACAUUGCAUUUACGUUAAGAGUGACGUCACGUUUGUAUAGGCAGUCACGUGCUUGUUGCAGAGUCAACAUAACUAAUUGUUCGCGCAUGUGUUUAUCAUGUAUGCUCCUGAAGUCUGUUUUAUGCUUUCAUGUGUAACUAUUUAUUAUAGCAAAUAUUGUCAUUUGAAAAGAAUAAACCACCAUUUAAUGGA